AUGGGGAAGAUGUUGUGUUCUUCUAUAGCGAUUGGGCUAGCCUUGUUGACAGGACCUGGUUUGACGGUUUUUGUUGAAGAUCUUCAAGCACAAGAUUACUUUGACGUACAAGAUGCCAACAACUACAUCUUGAACGCAAUACAAGAUGAUUACAAAGAAGUCAAGAUUUCAAACAUUUUGAAAGAUCCAUUAAAGUAUAAAGAUUUCCCGCCAAUAGUGAGUUUGCCCAAGCAGGAGCAGCGAACUUUGGAACCAGGCGAAAUCCCUCAAUAUGUGCUAGAUUAUGCGCCUUUGGUUUACCUAUAUAGCGAAGAAAGAUAUUUGCCUUAUGAUAUUAGCGAGUUUGUUUCAAACUUCCAUGUGAGGUACGAGAACGGCACAGUGUGUCCGGGGACAGACGAAGGCGUCUUAACAUUACAAAAAUUGGCCAAGCUUAAAGAUUCCGAUAAUUUGUAUUUGACUUCAAAUUCAGAUUUUGACACUGAUCCCGAAUGGAUUACUGGUAUUAAGAAUAAACCUAAUUUGAUAAAUGGAGAGAUUAAGAAUGCACCUGCUACUUUGAUUGUAGUGGACAAGGGCAACGGAUGGGUCGAUUCAUACUGGUUUUAUUUUUACUCGUUUAAUUUAGGACCAUUUGUCAUGGGCCAAGGUCCCUAUGGGAACCAUGUUGGAGACUGGGAACACUCAUUGGUGAGAUUUUAUAAAGGAGAACCAAUUAUAGUAUGGAUGUCGGCACAUGGUGGUGGCGGUGCAUUCUAUUAUGAGAAUUUAGAGAAGUACACUUUAGAUGAACGGCAUCCAAUUAUUUUCAGCGCCAGAGGUACUCAUGCAAAUUAUCCUAGUGUGGGACAACAUCCUCACGACCUACCAUACGAUAUACUUUCAGAUUUCACUGAUCGCGGUCCUUUAUGGAACCCAGAAAAGAAUUAUUUAGGAUAUACUUAUGAUGGAAAACACAUUUUUCCUGCAUUGAACAACUCAAAUCCACAUUUUGUUGGACGUGAAUGGAGCUAUGGCAAUUGGUUAGCAUUCAAAGGCCAUUGGGGAGAUCAACAGUUACCAUCUAACGAUCCUAGACAAAAGCAUUCGAUAAUUGGCGGAUACAAAUAUAUCAAUGGACCAACUGGUCCUCUUAUGAAGAAUGUGUUGCGAAUCGUUCCUUGUGAACGUAGUAAAUGGUGGAAUUUCUGGAGUGGGUGUAAUGUAAGACAAAAUAUCAAGUGGGGUGUUGGAGUUGAAAGCGAAGGUUAUAAUUGUGGCAACUUGUUUGUGAAAAUGAAGCCAAAAUGGUUAAAGCUGGUAUUUCAGAAAGUUACUUGGGGCGGGGGAUUUUGUUUUAUUAUUGAUUUAUUAUACGGAUGA